UGCUUCCAAUAAUUUGCCACGUCGGAAAUUAGCCAGAGUGAUAAAUAUGUUUAUCUGAAAUCGCUUCCUAGGGACCAUCAAAUAAACUGCAAGGGGGCAGGGAUAUAUCACCAGUUACGGGCUUUCGUGCUUAAGUGCAGAAGAGGGAGAGAGGAAAAAAAAAGUUCCUGGUAGCCACGCAGCCUUGUCAGUUAGCGCUGGUCGCAUCAUCAUCCGGGCUGACGAAAAUAAUGCAAUUCUAGGAGUGUCUGAUCGGGAAGGAUGAAAUCUUCAAACAGCGUUAACACGUUUCCAAUUAAAGAUACGCCGGGGUAAUCCGGUGGGACCGAUUACGUCUACAAAUAGUCAGUAAAAGGCUGGGAAAGAUCUAACGAAAGUUACUGAACCAAAGGUUGCCAAGUGAAGUUUUAUUGUUUACCACCCACUUCAAGUCGAUAGCAUUAUAUUGAACUACCACAUGCAUCAUAUACUAUAUAAGGGCCUGCGCUUGGAGGCACAGCUGAAAUUGUGUGGUUUGUGGAAUUAAGUGCACACUUAAUAUCAUAUGUUUUGAGCAACAGUCCACCUUUUCUGCACGGUGAGAGGAAAAAAAACGCACGGAUUGCACGGCGAGGUGCACCGGGAAUCAUUUUAUCAGCCCGUGCUUAAAGUAUUUCCAGUCGAGGUUGGGAGGCUUUAAUCUUUCGACAGAAAUGAAUGGACUGAGGCUGCCGCUAUUCCUUGGAUUUAUGCUUUUGAUAAUCAGAGCUGGAUAUUGCCAAGAGAAGUCAGAUUUCGCGGAGAAGACAGAUUUCGCGGAGUUACGGGACGAAAAAACUCUCUUUAACUUGAUAUUGGAAAUCAUAAACCAGUUACAAAAGCACCACGAGGAGGAAUCUAAUGAUGUUAUGUAUUUUCCACAAGACGUUGACUACACCUUUGAUCCUCAGGAAUUCCCUGAUUAUGAUGUCGCUCAGAAGGAGAAAGUUGAAAUAGUACCCAGGGAUCUAAGGAGGGUGAAGGACAAGUUUCUAAAACAUUUAACAGGACCUCUUUACUUCAGCCCCAAAUGCAACAGACACUUCUACCGGUUGUACCACAAUACCAGAGAUUGUACCAUACCAGCCUAUUAUAAACGAUGUGCCAGGCUACUCACAAGAUUGGCGGCUAACCCGAUGUGUGUGAAAGGCUGAAUUCGACAAAUGGUGACAACAAUGAAUUCAAAUAUCCCCAGAACCAAGAAAAGUGCCUUGGAAAACAACAGGGAAACAAAUAGAUCUCAAUACCUUUAUAACAUAUUCCAUUGUGAUCAAAGAUUUAUUUUUGCAUACAGAUGGAUACUUCCAUAAACUCCUCAAUGUGCAUUUUGUAUGUUGGUCAACAUUGUUUCUGUAAUUCUGUACAUUCAUAUAAAUAACGGCCUAUGUUACAAAGGCUUAAUGUUUAAGAAAAUAAUAUAAUUUCACUGUUUUUGCUGCCAAAAUUGCACAUAUGCUUUCUUGUUCAACAAAUAUUUGGAACAUUAUUUUGUAUUAAACAUUGAGAUGCUCAGAUACUGUUCAAGACGAAGCUACUCUAUCCUAAAUUUACUGCAGGAUUUUUCUUCUUGCAUCAGAGUACCGACUAUCUCUUUUUGUCAUAUGUAAUGCUAUUGCAAUUUAAAACCAUUUGCCACAUUAUAACAUAGUAACUGUCGAUAAUGAGAAUGUUUAGGGUCACCCUGUGGACUAGUUAAAUUAUGAUUUGCAUGACAUUUUCUUGUCUUUUCAAAAUUUAACACCUUAAAACAGUACAGUUAGGCUAGUACUAUGUUCGUUAUGGUUUUCAUUCGCUGAACUUAAAGAGGUUUGUCAGCAAUUAUCUUUUGUCUAACAUAGUGGAGUGUCAUUUGUACCAAAAUAUACAAGCUAAUGUCAUUAGUCACUGUACAUUAAGAUUUAUAAACAUUCCAGCUAACAUGUGCAAUAUGUAUAUAUUGUAAAGACUUGAAUAUAUAUCAGUUAUAAAAUAAAGUGUUUGGUAUUUGGCACAGA